UCUUCUCCUUGGCUCCUUCUUCCUUUUCUUCUUCCUCCUCCUGGUGAUCAACCAGCAUGGCACUGUCAUAAAGGAGCUUCUGGUUGAGAGAUUUUGAAGUUUUUCUUGCCCUCUUCCUCUGCAUGAAUCAUGUGCAAAAGGGUAUUGGGGCUGUAGAAGCAUGGUGAUGAUGAUGUGAUAAAUAUCUUGGGGUAAUUGGUGGUGAGUAGUUGUUGCUGUGGUUUCUUGAUACUUUGCUUCAGGGACAGGCCAUGGACAGAAGGAACCAAGCUCCUUUGGUUGAUAGCUCAGCAUGCUUGUGCAGAGUGGAGAGGUCGGUCGCCGGCGCCGCCGCGGCGAGGCUGGUGCCGAGGGCGAAGGCGUGCGUGCAGCCGAGCCUCAGGGCGUCCAUCCACCCGCUCAAGCCGAGGAGAUCGCCGGGGCGCGAUCACCGCGGCGGCGGCGACGGCGGCAGGCGGCAAUGCCUGCUGAUCCCGGGGCUCCCCGACGACCUCGCCGUGGCGUGCCUCAUCCGCGUGCCACGGGGUGAUCACUGGAAGCUGAGGCUGGUGUGCAAGAGGUGGCUCCGGCUGCUCGCCGGCAACUACUUCUACGGCCUCCGCCGGCGGCUCGGGCUGGCCGAGCAGUGGGUGUACGCCGUCAAGUGCGACGGCGGCGGGCGCGUGUCGUGGGACGUGCUCGACCCGUCGCGGCGCGCGUGGCGCGCGCUGCCGCCGGUGCCCGGGGAGUACGCCGGCGCCGUCGGGUUCGGCUGCGCCGUGCUCGGCGGGUGCCACCUGUACCUGCUCGGCGGCAGGGACCCGCGCCGGGGGCCCAUGCGGCGGGUGGUGUUCUACAGCGCCCGGAGCAACCGGUGGCACCGCGCGCCGGACAUGCUGCGGCGGCGGCACGGCUUCGGGUGCUGCGUGAUCGGCAACCGCCUGUACGUCGCGGGCGGCGAGGGCGGCGUCGGCGGCGGCGGCAUCACGUCGGCCGAGGUGUUCGACCCGGCCAAGAACCGGUGGUCGUUCGUGUCCGACAUGGCCGCGUUGCUGGUGCCGUUCGUCAGCGCGGUGCACGGCGGGAGGUGGUACGUGAAGGGGCUCGGCGCGCAGCGGCAGGUGGUGAGCCAGGUGUACUCGCCGGAGACCGACGCCUGGUCGGCGGUGCCCGAGCUUGACACCAUGGUCGCCGGCUGGAGGAGCCCGAGCGUGUCCCUCGGCGGCCGCCUCUACGCCGCCGACUGCAAGGACGGCUGCCGCCUGCGCGCCUACGACGAGGCCGCCGGCGCGUGGACCGGCUGCGUCGACAGCGGCCACCACGUGGGGAGCUCCCACGCGGUGGAGGCGGCUGCCAUGGUCGCGCUCGACGGGAAGCUCUGCGUCGUCCGGAACGACAUGAGCGCCUCCGUCGUCGACGUCGCCGCCGGCCAGGCGGGAGCCCCGCGAUGGGAGACCGUCGCCGGCAAGGGGCAGAUCAAGGCAUUCGUCACGAAUCUCCUCUCUACCAUCGCCGGCGCCCGCGCCCGCGCCAAGAACCGCGUCCUCCAUUGCCAGGUCCUCGAGGCCUAGCUUCGCACAGUGAUUGAAUUACUCCAUGGAAAACAAAAAAAAAAGAUCAUUUUUUUUCUUGUCCUCUUCACAUUCUACUGCGACAAAUACAUCUGAACCGAAGAACUCCAAACCAUGAUCUGAUCAAUGUACAGUUUUUUCCCC